AUGUCUUUUGAGAUUAAUUGGGAGAAGCUUUCAUCAGACAGUGAUCUGACAAGCAAUAUUAGGGAAGGAUUGAACGGGUACUUCCAAGAACUUGAGUUACCGAGUUACGUAAGGGCAAUUGAGCUAGUAGAUUUUGGUUUUGGUAAGAUAGCACCCAAUAUUACACUCCGGGAAAUAUCAAGUCCGCUUCAGGAUUUUUAUGACGCUGUAAAUGAGGAAUAUGAAGAAGAUAAUGAGACAUCAUCAGAAAUGCACGGAAGAGAUGGUCAAAACGUCGGUGAAAGUGGAGAAGAGGCGGUAGUAGAAAAGAAAGAAACAGAUACCCAAUUUCUGAUCGAAUUUGAAUAUAAAGGUGAUAUGUCGCUCACUUUGACGGCAGAGUUGGUGCUAAACUACCCUGUUGAAAGGUUCAUGACAUUGCCCUUAAAAAUUAGUAUAAGUAACAUUGGUCUUCACUCGCUUUGUCUGGUAUCGUACCUAGCUAAACAAGUGUUCAUAUCCAUGUUGUGCGAUGUCAGUGACCCGGUUCUAGAUGAUGUGGAUUGUGUUCUUGAUCCUAAUGGACCUGUACUUUUGGCAAACAAACCAUUGGAAAGAAUUUCCAUCAUUAGAAGUAUGAAAAUAGAAACCGAGAUUGGAGAUAGAUUCAAAGAUGAUGGCUCAACGCUACGUAGUGUCGGUCAGCUUGAAGAGUUUAUAGUUCAGAAAUUGAAAGAUUUUCUGCGAAAAGAGUUGGCUUGGCCCAGUUGGGUAAAUUUAGACUUUAAUGAUUAA